AUUGCAUUUUCAGACAAAACCUGUUGUGUGAUGUCACUUUAGUGGCUGAUGGAGUUGAAAUAGCUGCACAUAAGAUGGUGUUAGCUUCUUGCAGUCCUUAUUUUUAUGCUAUGUUCACAAGUUUUACUGAAAGCAAAGCAGAAAAGAUUACUAUACAAGGUGUUGAUGGACAAGCUUUGCAACUUUUAGUAGAUUAUGUGUAUUCUUCUGAAAUACAAGUCACUGAAGAUAAUGUUCAGGUUCUUUUACCUGCUGCUCACCUCUUACAACUGACAGAUGUUCGGGAUGCGUGUUGUGAGUUUUUACAAGGUCAGCUACACCCUUCCAACUGCCUUGGUAUUCGUGCAUUUGCAGACCUUCAUGGUUGCUUAGAGUUGCUGAAUUAUGCAGAUUCCUAUACCGAGCAGCAUUUUGUAGAAGUUGUGGAAAGUGAGGAGUUCCUAGCAUUAUCCCCUUCUCAAGUUUGCAAACUUAUUUCCAGUGAUAAACUUGCAGUGCCAUCUGAAGAAAAGGUAUUUGAAGCUGUUAUGGCUUGGGUUAACAAUGAUUUACAAAAUCGUCAAGACUAUCUAGCUCAAUUAAUUGAACAUGUUAGACUUCCUCUAUUAUCUCAAGAAUAUCUUGUUCAGCGAGUUGAAGAAGAACCAUUAUUAAAAUCAAAUCAUUUAUGUAAAGACUUUUUAAUUGAAGCUAUGAAAUACCAUUUGCUCAAAGGUGAACAAAAGAUUAUGUAUAAAACACCUCGGACAAAACCUCGUACUCCUAUUGGAAGGCCAAAGAUCCUCCUAGUUGCUGGUGGCCAGGCUCCUAAGGCCAUUCGUAGUGUAGAGUGCUAUGACUUCAAAGAAGAAAGGUGGUACCAGUUAGCAGAAUUGCCAACUCGACGUUGCAGGGCUGGCCUUGCUGUACUUAAUGGUCUUGUUUAUGCUGUAGGAGGUUUUAAUGGCUCAUUACGUGUUAGGACUGUUGAUGUUUAUGACCCUGUGAGAGAUCAGUGGAGUCAAGCUCCCAGUAUGGAAGCCCGGCGAAGUACUUUAGGUGUAGCUGUGCUAAACAAUUGCAUAUACGCAGUUGGUGGUUUUGAUGGCUCCACUGGUUUAAAUAGUGCUGAAUGUUAUGAUGUAAGAGCUGAAGAGUGGAAAACAAUUGCUCCCAUGAGUACCAGGCGUAGCAGUGUUGGUGUGGGUGUUUUAAAUGGUUUGCUGUAUGCUGUUGGUGGCUAUGAUGGAGCUUCCCGGCAGUGUUUAGGCACUGUUGAACAAUAUGAUCCUGAUACUGAUACCUGGAUGCCUGUUGCAGAAAUGUCUGCACGACGAAGUGGUGCAGGUGUUGGAGUUAUGGAUGGACUUCUUUAUGCUGUUGGUGGGCAUGAUGGACCUUUAGUGAGGAAGAGUGUAGAAUGCUACAACCCUGAAUCUAAUUCUUGGACAUCUGUGGCAGAUAUGAUGAUGUGCCGCAGAAAUGCCGGUGUAAUAGCUGUUGAAGGUCUCCUUUAUGUUGUUGGCGGUGAUGAUGGUUCUUCAAAUCUGUCAUCAGUUGAAGUAUACUGUCCUAAAACAGAUUCUUGGAGCAUGCUUUCUUCCUUCAUGACUAUUGGUCGAAGUUAUGCUGGUGUUGCCAUUGUAGAUAAACCAAUGUGAUCUGAAAAAUGGUGGGAAUUAUCUCAUGCCACUAUUCUUAUCUGUGAAUUAAUGUACAUAUGUUGUUAUAAAUAUUGGUGUUUAUAUUUAUUUAUCUUACUUUUUAAGUCUGCAUUUUUGUUUUUGUCUUUUUAGUUAAAUGGCCCUUGGUGGUAAUAACCAAUUAAAAAUACAACGAAAGUAAAUUUCAAAAGGCUUCCCAUAUAUUUUUUUAACUAAAUUUCAUUAAUACUCUUAAAAUUUAAGAAAUUGUUUCUUUUCAUUAAAUUGCAGUGGUAUGGGUAUAAAGAUUUAUUUUAACUAAUUACCCAUUCCUUUUAAAUGGUGAUGAAAUUCUUAGAAUGAAUUAAUAUAUAUAUGAUGGAAAGUCUAUUUUGGUAAAUCAAAUGGAAAUAUGUUGUUCCUUAUUUAAUUUUUCAGAUAGAACCAUAUCUGUAAAUUAGUGUGUAUAUGAAAUUUUUAAACCAAAAGUUUGAUACUUCAAAUAUUUUGAAGUCAGUUUGUAAAAAAUGAGAAUGACAGAGAAAAUAUGCUUUUUAUUUUACAUUCUGCUUGUUGUUUUGGACAGUAAUAGUCUAAUUGCUAGUCUAAUUUUAGCUUUUAUAGGUUUUAUUCAUUUUUUUAUUAUUCAUCUGUCUAUAUUUUGUGCAUGAGAUGUUAAUUGCAUAUAAGCACAUAUAUCUAUCAUCUUAGUAAAUUAAUGAGGUUUUACUAAACCAACUAGCAUUUUCUUGUUUCAUAUAAACAACUCAACCUUCCUUUUCUUUAAUAAUGCACCUAAGUCUGCAAUAUUAUGCUGUUGUUAAUAGUCAUGUUUCUUUAAACAUUUGCCAUCUUAGUGUCUCAAAUUUUUGUUCCCUGUCAAAUAAAGAAAAUUUUAUGAUCAA